UCUCUUGCACUGCAGUCACGCGGGUAAACAUUGUGUCUGCUACACGAGACAAGCUGUCACGGAGAGUAUGGAGCCAAGUCCAUCUCACAUGGAACCAAGCCUCAGCCCUGACGUAACGGCACCCACCUGUCUGAAUGGAGACUCCGAGGAUUCUAUCCUCACCCCCGGGGACCCGACAGCAGGGGGUGGGGACGUCAACAGCACAGUGGCGGCAACUGACAACACCAGCAACAACAGAUCUACAGAUGUAAAAUCGCCAUCUUCAACAUCCAACUCGGAAUUACUGGCUGGCAAAAAUUUGACUUUUUCUCCUGAGCAGGUUGCGUGUGUUUGCGAGGCAUUACAACAGAAAGGAGACAUAGAAAGACUAGCUAGAUUCCUGUGGUCUCUACCUCCAAGUGAAUUGUUACGAGGGAGCGAAGCCGUGCUAAAAGCAAGAGCAACUGUCGCCUUUCAUAGGGGUAGCUACAGAGAACUCUAUGCUAUUUUGGAGAGUCACAGUUUUGAAAGCUCUAAUCAUGCGUUUUUACAGCAGUUGUGGUAUAAAGCGCAUUACAUGGAGGCUCAGAAGAUUCGAGGAAGGCCUCUCGGGGCUGUCGAUAAGUACAGGCUUAGGAGGAAGUUCCCUCUUCCUAAAACAAUCUGGGAUGGCGAAGAGACAGUUUAUUGCUUCAAGGAGAAAUCUCGACAAGCUCUGAAAGAGUGUUACAAACAGAACAGGUACCCUACACCAGAUGAGAAGCGGAAUCUGGCCAAAAAAACAGGACUGACGUUGACGCAAGUGAGCAACUGGUUCAAGAAUCGCCGACAGCGAGACAGAACCCCUCAUAGCCAGGGACAUGGAGGACACAGGGACCUGGUCGAGGAGAACAUGAAACAGGCGAUGCACCAGAUGUGCAACAUGAACCAGCCAAUGAUGACGCACGACUACGGCCACCGGGAUUUCAAUCUGUCCAUGCCCUUGGUCAAGUCGGAGCCCAUCCCACCCCACUACCUCUGUUCGCCACCCAUGGACCACCACCAUCACCACCUGCACCACUCCGUGCCCCCCGUUUGACAGUGGGCCAAUCCGGGAAUGGACUCGACCUGUUGGUAGCAGACGACAUGCUGACGAGUUGUGGUAUAACUGCCAUGUUACCUGUGCUUGAGUCCAAUCCUGGAGAGGGUGUGCUUCAUCCCAGAUCGGGAAAGGAUGUGCUUUGGACCAGUCCUGGAAAGGAUGUGAGCCCCAUCGUUGUGGGAGGGUAUUUUGCGCCAUAAUGAGCUGACUCGGUCUCCAGUAUUUAAUUCAGUUGAUUCAUCAGCUUUCUGACCUCUAGUUUGCUCUAGACAAAAACUGCUAUGUAGGAUUGUCCUUUGUAAACUGAGGACAUCCGAUAUACGCCGUUGGUUUGAAACUAAGACCUACACCAACAAUAGUGCGUGAAGUCUCCAAGAUGUAUCAACGAACAUUCCGUACCUGUCUUCCUCCCGUGUUGGGGGUGACGUUUGAUGGCUUUAAGGACUUAUUUCCUAGCUUUUGUCCAAGUAAUUGGUGUUCCUUGGAAGAAAGGUGUUGACAUUGCCAUCACACGUUCUGCAAGGCGAACCUUCUGUGCCGUGCUUUGUUAUCACGUAACAGUGCUAUGUUUUAUCUGAACAUUUGUUUUUUUGUAUGUUCCCAGUAUGCUGUGAUGAUGAUGAUGAUGAUGAUGAUGAUGGGAGAGUCUUAAGAAACAUGUAUGCGAGAGUGAAUGAUGUCGACAACUAAAGCCCACUGCUCUUGGUACAACUAAUUGAGUAGUUUCGGUGUGGAUGAGAGGUACCAUAGUGUACGGGGGUAAAAAAUAAUUCUGAAUGAACGCAGUACCAUACGUAAAUUGUUGACCAAUAUGACCUGGACACUGCCACUAACAGGUCAUCUCCACUGGGUAUCACACUGUUUAUCGAACUGUACAUGCACAGCGUCAAUGUUAACGUUUAAAAUUUAGUAUCAUUAAAUAGACUGUAGGUUCCAUAAUGUGUCUAGCCUUUCGCCUGAAGAAAGAAAGUAAGUAAAAUAUGAGAUAUAUAUUUCAGUAGUCUGGGAUUAAUGUAAAAUUACAUGACUGUGCUACUUGAAAUAAGUUAUUUAUUUAAACAAACCCCCAGGCCUUCUGUUCACUUGUUUAAGGAUUGUUUUUGUAACAUCAUAGGAUUGAAAGACAGAAAUACAUACACAUAAAGAAAUGCGUGGAGAGUUUCAACAGUAUUUUGGUAAUUCGAAUCAGGGGGAGCUUUUCCAUUGAGUGACAAGUUAACAAGGAUGUUCCCUUCUUUUAACGCUCUUCUUUGGGAUUGUUUUUAUCUUUCAAUACAAAGAUUCCAAAACAAAGAUUGUCCUUAAGAUUUUAAUUCUAUUUCAUAUUUUAAAUAAUUGUUAGGUGUAAUCCCUGAACCAAGUAAUUAGCAAAACAUGUCCAAAUGUUACCAAGUUUUAUGACGGCGUUAUGGCCACUCUCAGAGAAAGUAUAUGUACAUUGUUCUGGUCAGUGGGAGCUACGUGUGGAGCUAGCGUACAUCGUGUAAUGUAUAUAAUGUAAGACAAUAUACAGAGUUCUCGCUUUGUCAUGAUGUAUACAGUGUGUCAACAAUUGUUUAAAGAUUAUUCGAAUUAAUGUUCUGAAUUUCCUAUUACAAAGUAAUUUAUAUUUUACAGCAUGCUUUAACUUAUGUCACAUCUUUCUAUGUCAGAUGGAUAAUUCCUUAGAGACAUUAUUGCAUCCUAUGUUUUCUGGAAUCAGAAUAAAACGUGUUAUGUUUCCUCACUACCGUGUAGUUGAUAAUUCCCAUUUCGUGUUUUAAGUUUUACACCACAUAAUGCUGUUUCUCUGGGAAACUACCAAGCACGGGCGCUGUUGGUCCUUAUGCCAUACUCAACAGUGUUUCCGGAAUCGAGAUAGAGAGCUGCCGAAACAUCGGGUCUGGAACCGUUCCACAAAGCAAUGACUCUGCGAUUAUCGUAAGUCUGGAAGUUAAACAUGAAAGUAGCUCAAAGACUGAUGUGCAGAAGGGUUCUGAACCCAAAUCGUUAAUCCCUGAUCCCCAAGUCAAGUACAGUAGUACUCAGAUAGCAAAACGAGAGACGUACACAUUUUUGCAUCUGUUUUAUUGUCAAUAUGUAUCAAUUUUUUUCUCUUAGUGUUAAACCUCUUGGUAUUUUUAAAGGUUUAAUGACGUCACUGCCCAUUGCUGUAAGUGCACUUCUCGAGGCUCAAGUCUCUGAUUAUUGUCCUAAUGUAUUUUCACAAAAGUGCUAAAUUGAUUCUUUAAUCUUCAGCAGCACGAUGUGCCAUGCCCUUAAGGUUUUUGAUCUGUGUUGCUUAUGAUCCUGAUUCCGUACCACAAAGCGUUGGCUGCAGCACAUCGAAUUUAAAACAUAUGAGUUACAGCAGUUACAGCAGAUUUUCAGCAGCCAUAGCUCUAUUAUCGCUCUGUGGAACGGACUCCAGGUGCUAACGACUCAGAUACAAAGGUUACACACAUGCGUCAAUGCAGUAGACAUUGUGGCCGCGACCUUCAGAGGGAUUCUGGGAUAUCCCCGUCGAUCUCAAAGUGUAUAUCUAAAGGUGUUUAUAUAAUGUAAACGAGAAGUUCCUCUCAGACAAUGGACGUAUAUCUAACAGAGUUAAGUGCCCUUACCUCCGAGUGUUGAGUCGCUGGGCGCUGACAAAGUUUAAUCUAUUUUUCCAUUUUUUUUAUGUUUGUUAUAUUCUUUAUUUCUCGUAAAACAUGAAUAUCGAUUAUGUGUGAGUGAGUAAGACGUUCAUGGUUUCCACAUGUUACCGUAUAUUCGUGUUCAUUUUAUAUGUGCAAUCAUGUCCGAAAAUAAACAAAUGAUAAAACA